UGAUCAAUUUGCUUCCUCCAUCGUGGUAGGGUUCUUUUCUUUCCAUUCUCACCAGCGUUUCCCGCUUACAUCUCCGCCACCGUUUAGCGUCGGAAACCGCCAAAAUCACAAGUUCAAGAAGAAAUGAUCAACUUGUUCUUGUCGGAGCCCAAUUGGAACGACGGCGGCGCAGACGACGGUUCAUCGGAACUCAGAAUCCGUCUGUUGAAGGAGCUCGAAACCGUUAUUUGGUCGGCGAUGAGUCGCGCCGAAGCUCGAAUGUGGCUCUGCAAGACGGUUGCGGGGUUGAAGUGCGUCGCGCCUCGCCACCAGCGCGAGUUGUUUGUUGAUUUGCUGAAAACUCGAAGGAAGAAGCAGAGUCUGGCUUCUCAGCUUCUGCAUUUGAUGUUUGACAAAUCGCCGCAGAAAUUGGGUUCUGUAUUAGCCCGAAGAACUCGCGUGCUCGAGGAUUUUUUUAUCGGUAACCCGAAGCGUGUGUCUCAGUGGUUUUUGUAUGUAGGACUGGAGCAGGGGAAAGGUUUGAGGGCAUUGUCUCAGUUUGCAUUUAAAAAUAGGGACAUUUGUUGGGAGGAGUUGGAGUGGAAAGGAAAGCAUGGGCAGUCACCGGCAAUGGUUGCUACGAAGCCUCAUUAUUUUCUUGAUCUGGAUAUCCAGCGGACCGUGGAAAACUUUCUUGAGAAUGUGCCUUUGUUUUGGUCAUCCAGUGAGGUUGCUGAGUCGGUGAAAGAUGGUGAUAUUUUUCAGAUUGAUAGGUCAUUCUUCGUGCGUUAUUUUGAGGGUUUAAUGUAUAAAGAGGAUUCAAGGGACGCGUGGGAAGUUGUAAAUGAGUUCCUCAUGGAGCAGCCUUUCUCUUGUUUGUGUGAACAUCUUCUUAUUACUCUCGAAGAUCGGGAAUUAUUAUACUUUCUGGAAUUGCUUUGUAAAUAUCCUGCCCCAAAAUUUGAGUUUCAACACUUAGAUGGUGUCUCUCAUUUGUUUUUGUUUGUACUUUCGAAAUGUGGUGCUUCUGGAUCAAUUGACUGGAUGCUGCUGUUAAAUGCUGUUAUUACUCAGGGUAGGCAGCUUUUACGCCUUUUACGCGAUGAAGAGGCCCAGGAGUCACUUGUGAAAAUUGAUGAAAUUGUAUCAAAGAUAUCUGCAAUUCCAAGUGAUGCUAAUAGCUUGACCCCGAUCUUCAAGAAUACAUAUAAGAUGAAAACCAUAGAAGCUGUGAAGUGUCUGGGACUUCAGUCCUGGGUUUUUUUCUAUAGGUUGUCACAAGAGUGCCAAACUCCUGAGUCCUGGGAGUCUAUCUUUGGGGAUAAUCAAAUUGGUUUCCGUAAUUCCAAUGAGCAUGCAUUGCUCGAUGAGGAUGUACCAUCAGAAGAAGAUUGUUCUGGUUUUGAUUUGGUUAGAGGCAAGAAAAAGAAGAAACAAAAGGCUAAAAAGAAGAGGAGGAGGACCUACGAUUACACUGAUGACAAUGAUGAUGAGCUGCUAGAUUUUGGCUCUGCCGGCCAGAAGUUGGAUUUUCUGUCAAAUACUAGAAGUUGGUUGCUUUCAACUGAUGGGUACUGUUCUGCAUGGAGCAGUGCAGAUUUACCUGAGCACCUUCAUAGGCAAUGUUUGUCAAGGUGGAUGAUAUGGCUUUUUGAAAAAUGAGAUCAAAGACCUGCUACAAUGGACCCACCAGAGAUGUUAUGCAAUAUUCUUCUCCAAAUUGUUGAGUCACGUGAUCCAUCACCCGUAAUGUGGCCCUUGAAUCUGCCAUUGGCUGUUGUUGGUGAUGUGGAAAACUUCACACUUUUUGUAUGUUCUUACUAACGAAACUGGACUUGCUGUGAAAUGGAAAGAUCUGAAGAUUUUCAUGAAAAUCCAGCUUAAGAACUAUAUGAAAAUCAGUAAGCUUUGGGUUCACUGGAGUUCUCAAAGUGGUUGAAUUUGCUUCAUAGACUGCUAGCGUCUUAUGAUUGGUAACAGGGGCUGUCGACCAUAAGCUCCAAAUUUCUAUAUUACGGAUGAUUGAAAUCAGUGUGGCUUCAAAAGUUGUUAGAAUCAUUCAGAGUGCUAUGAAGAGCAUGCCCAGGCAAGUUAAAAUACUCAAGCCCCAUGACUAAUAUUCUUUGGGCAUAUUCAUCUCGUUGUAUUUAAAUUUUGGGGUUGUUCUUAUUUACUGAUAAAGAGACAGGGAUGUAUGCUUUUUGCUCGCUUAAACCACUGAUGGUCCUAGGAACUUUAUUUCUUGGAUUAAUUCCAAGUUUUUGCAACAUACGAAAAGAAAUUAAUAACUUCAAUA